UCAAACAACAAUACCAAUAUUAUGUACUUGCAACAAAAAGGGAGAUUGCUCCUCAUAAAUUGCAAGUGCUCUUUGCCCUUUUUCAACCAAAUACAUAGCUAUUUGUUUCCUAUAAAUUCAAAAGAAGAACACUGUAUCACAAAUACCCAAAAGUUCUCUUCUUUCUCUGAAAUUAACGAACACAACCAUUCUUUCAGUGGAAACAUGAGCGAUUUGAAAUCCAAGUUCUUGGGGGUUUACAAAGAACUGAAAUCUGAGCUUCUUAAAGAUUCAGAUUUCGAGUUUACUGAUGAUAGUCGUCAAUGGGUCGAACAGAUGUUAGACUACAAUGUACUUGGAGGAAAGCUGAACCGCGGGCUCUCUGUUAUUGAUAGCUACAGUUUGUUGAAAGAGGGGAAAGAACUAACCAGUGAGGAGAUCUCUCAAACAUCUUUCCUUGGCUGGUGCAUUGAAUGGCUUCAAGCAUAUUUCCUUGUUCUUGAUGAUAUAAUGGAUGGCUCCCAAACACGCCGAGGCCAACCAUGCUGGUUCAGAAAACCCAAGGUUGGCAUGAUUGCUGUUAAUGAUGGCCUACUUCUUCGCAACCACAUCCCAAGAAUACUGAAGAACCACUUUAAAGGAAAGCCUUAUUAUGUUGAUCUUCUUGAAUUGUUUAAUGAGGUGGAAUUCCAGACUGCCUCUGGACAAAUGAUUGAUUUGAUUACCACACAUGCUGGAGAGAAAGAUUUAUCAAAAUACUCAUUGUCUCUUCAUCGACGGAUUGUCCAGUUUAAAACUGCUUAUUAUUCAUUUUAUCUCCCAGUGGCAUGUGCACUUCUUGUGGCAGGAGAGAAUCUUGACGAUCAUGUUAAUAUCAAGGACAUACUCAUCAAAAUGGGAAUAUAUUUCCAAGUUCAGGAUGAUUACCUGGACUGCUUUGCUGAUCCAGAGGUGUUGGGUAAGAAUGGCACGGAUAUUCAAGAUUUCAAGUGCUCUUGGUUGGUAGUGAAAGCCCUAGAACACUGCAACGAGGAGCAAAAGAAGUUAUUACAUGAGAACUAUGGAAAAGAUGACCUUGCUUGUGUUGCUAAUGUUAAGGCGCUUUACAAUGAUCUCAAACUUGAGGAUGUGUACCUGGAAUAUGAGAAGAAUAAAUAUAAAGAGCUGAUCAACUUAAUUGAAGAUCAACCAAGCAAAGCAGUGCAAGCAGUUCUCAAGUCAUUCUUGUCAAAGAUAUAUAAGAGGCAGAAGUAGAAGAUAGAAUUAUUGAAUUUCAAUAUUUAAUGUUUUAGAAUUAUAUGUCUUUCUGUUUUUUUUUUCAUCGGGUGUUCGGUACCUGCUUGGGGUCCGCCUAAUCCAACUCCAUGCUUGGGGCGCCUAAUCAAAAUCUAUGCUGAGAGGCGGACUCAUGAAUUGAAAGUUUCGGGGGCACCACUUUUUUUAAUAUAGAUAUGUUUACUUUGUUUCUUCAAAUAUAUAAAAAAGACAUUUCAAUUCCCCAUA